AUGAACCCGAAAACAAAGGUAGCGUUAGCCUUAGCGGUACAAUUAUUUGAAGGAGACACCUUUGAUGAUGAUUUACUUACCAUAGCAUGUAGUAAAUCGGGGGCAGCAUUAGGACAUUUGUGCGGCGAAGAAUGGAUCCAGUAUUACUUGGACUUUGAUUUUCACCAGCUAUUUCGGAUACGUAAAGACACUUUCAAAGAACUUGUCAAAGUUAUUGCCCCAAGAUAUGUGCCAAAAAUGCAACGUGGUGAUACCCCUGCUGUUACAGUUGAAAAGGCAACACUUAUGACCCUAUGGUACCUGGCCGGUCAGUCAUCAAUGGAGAGUUUGGGUGACCGGUUUGUGUGGCCUAAAGAUCAUGAAUGUGCAGUUGUAAGACAACAAUUUUAUGACAAAGCAGGAUAUCCAGGUGUGAUUGGUGCCAUUGACGAUUGUCACAUUGAUAUACUUGCUCCAGCUGAUGAUCAGGAUUCGUACACAAACAGGAAGAUGAAUCAUUCUAUAAUCCUACAAGGUAGUUCUUUGUGA